AUGGCGUUAUACCUUGAAAAUGCGUACAGCCUGGUGCACCAGGACAAUUCCGCCGACCAGCCCACAUUGCAGGAGCUGAAGACGCAGUUGGAGAAGGGGACAGACGAGUCGAAGAUGGAGACUAUGAGGCGGAUUUUGACAAUAAUGCUCAACGGUGAUCCGAUGCCCCAGUUGCUCAUGCAUAUUAUCCGCUUUGUCAUGCCUUCAAAAAGCAAGCCUCUGAAGAAGCUCCUUUAUUUCUAUUACGAGAUAUGCCCGAAACUCGAUAGCAAUGGAAAGUUGAAGCAGGAGAUGAUUUUGGUCUGCAAUGGCAUCCGCAAUGACCUCCAACACCCCAAUGAAUAUGUCCGAGGAAAUACUCUUCGAUUCCUUUGCAAAUUACGGGAGCCCGAGCUACUAGAGCCUUUACUCUCUUCGGCGCGACUAUGCCUGGACUAUCGACAUGCGUAUGUGCGAAAAAGCGCUGUUUGGGCUAUUGCAUCAAUAUUCCAGCAUUCCGAAUCUCUUAUUCCCGACGCUCCAGACCUCAUCUACACCUUCCUCGAAGAAGAAAGCGACCCAGCUUGCAAGCGAAACGCUUUCGCUGCUCUGCUUACCAUCAGCCAUCAAAAGGCUCUUGAGUAUCUCAAUAAGACGCUUGAUAGUAUACCAAAUGCCGAUGAGCUGCUUCAGCUCGUAGAACUGGAAUUUAUCAGGAAGGAUGCUGUGCAGAAUACGCAGAACAAGGCCAAGUACCUUCGUUUAAUAUUUGAUCUCCUUGAUGCUGGCGAUAGCACUGUUGUGUAUGAAGCAGCUACCUCUCUAACAGCUCUUACAUCGAACCCAGUGGCAGUUAAGGCGGCUGCUGCCAAGUUGAUUGAACUGAGUAUAAAAGAACCAGACAAUAACGUCAAAUUGAUCGUUCUUGACAGAGUGGACCAACUACGGAUCCGCAAUGAAGGAGUUUUAGAGGAUCUUACCAUGGAAAUUUUACGAGUUUUGUCGAGCCCCGAUAUUGACGUCCGACGGAAAGCUUUGGGGAUUGCGUUAGAAAUGGUAUCGAGUAAGAAUGUUGAAGAGAUCGUCCUGCUUCUAAAGAAGGAGCUCGCGAAGACCGUUGACGAGCAGUACGAGAAGAAUAACGAAUAUCGACAAUUGUUGAUCCAAUCUAUUCAUCAAUGUGCCAUCAAAUUUUCAGAAAUUGCAGCAAGUGUCGUUGACCUUCUUAUGGACUUCAUUGUUGAUUUCAACAAUAACUCUGCAGUUGACGUUAUCACGUUUGUAAAGGAAGUGGUGGAGAAGUUCCCUCAACUCCGUCAAUCUAUCUUAGAGCGCUUAGUGUCGACACUGGGCGAAGUAAGAGCUGGAAGGGUUUAUCGCGGAGUUCUAUGGGUUGUCGGCGAAUACUCUCUUGAGCAGAACGAUAUUAGAGAAGCCUGGAAAAGGAUUAGAACUAGCUUGGGAGAGAUUCCGAUCUUGGCCUCGGAGCAGAGGCUGUUGGACGAGGACUCGGAUGAAACCGCAGAGAACAAUGAGCAGCUUAAUGGUCACCCGAAACCAUCAUCCGGCCCGAAGGUUUUAGCGGAUGGUACUUAUGCACAGGAAACAGCCCUGACGAGCCAAUCUGCGGCAGCGGCUAAACUGGAAGCUAUCAAGGCUGCUCGGAAACCUCCACUUCGCCAACUCAUACUUGAUGGCGACUACUAUCUUGCGACAGUGCUUUCUUCCACAUUGGCUAAAUUGGUGAUGCGUCAUUCCGAGGUCUCACAGGAUGUUGCCCGAACCAACGCUCUUCGCGCAGAGGCGAUGUUGAUCAUGAUCUCCGUGAUUCGUGUUGGACAAUCUCAAUUCGUCAAAGCUCACAUCGAUGAGGACUCGGUCGAUCGUAUCAUGUCGUGUGUUCGGUCUCUGGCGGAAUUUACAGAACGGAAAGAACUUGAGACCACGUUCUUGGAAGAUACACGACAAGCGUUCCGUGCAAUGGUUCAAGUAGAAGAGAAAAAACGGGCCACCAAGGAAGCCGUUGAAAAGGCGAAGGCAGCGGUACAGGUCGACGAUGCGAUCCACAUCAGACAAUUCGCAAAGAGAUCUGGGGGUGACGAAGGUGAUGAAAUUGAAUUGGACUUGGCCAAGGCUACUGGUGGCGAUUCGACUGUCGAGGAUAUUUCUUCGAAGUUGAGUAAAGUUGUCCAACUGACUGGUUAUUCCGACGCAGUUUAUGCUGAGGCCUAUGUCAAUGUCCAUCAGUUUGAUAUUGUAUUGGAUGUCUUGCUCGUCAACCAGACGACGGAAACUUUACAAAACCUAUCCGUCGAAUUUGCAACACUUGGUGACUUGAAAGUUGUCGAGCGGCCCACGACACAAAACCUGGGUCCGCAUGAUUUCUUGAAUGUUCAGGCUACCAUCAAGGUCUCAUCCACAGAUACGGGUGUCAUCUUUGGUAAUGUUGUUUAUGAUGGGCCUAGUUCGACCGAGUCCCACGUUGUUAUUCUCAAUGACAUCAAGGCAGACAUCAUGGACUAUAUCCAGCCCGGGAGCUGUACAGAAACUCAGUUCCGAAGCAUGUGGACUGAGUUCGAGUGGGAAAACAAGGUUAAUGUCCAUUCGAAGGGCAAGAGUCUAAGAGGCUUCCUACAACAAAUCAUGGAACGCACCAACAUGAGCUGUUUAACUCCGGAGGCUUCGCUUGAAGGGGAUUGCCAAUUCUUAAGUGCAAAUCUCUACGCAAAGAGUAUCUUUGGCGAGGAUGCUCUUGCAAAUGUAAGCAUUGAGAAAGAAGGUGAAGAAGGCCCGAUUACGGGCUUCGUGAGAAUACGAAGCCGAUCUCAAGGUUUGGCAUUAAGUUUAGGGUCCUUGAAGGGAUUAAAGGCGAACGCGUAG